GUCCUAGCCAGUGGUGAUGGUGGUGAACUUUGGACGAUGGACUGGCAGAGGAGGAGCUUAAUGGUGAAUACUGAGCGACACCAGAGGAAGUGUGCACUGUAAAAAAGAGAGAGAGAGAGAGAGAGAGACAAGAAACGAGCAUCACAGCACGCAGCACGCGUAAAGCGGCAAGACAGGAAAUAACCUCAAUGUUGGAAAGUUCUGCUCAAAGCGAUGAGGAGGAUGAAGACGAUGGCCUCCCUGCUGAGCGUCUGUGUGUUUCUGCUCUGCUGCUCCGCCGCCGCCGUCGCCUCCCCAGGUUGUGACCAGUUUGCUGCAGUGGGUGGAAACUUCAAUGUUCCUCUGGGAUACAAACUGGGAUCUACUGAGAAUCUGAGGUGGAAGUUUAAGGGCAACCUAAUAUUUUAUAAAAGACCAGACAAAUUAAUUAGUGGUAAAAAUGAAGAUAUUAAUGAUAAUGGAUCCCUCAAACUGACAAAUCUGAAGAAGGACCAAGCAGGACUUUACACCAGUGAGGUUUUUAAUAGCAAUGGAAAAGAACUGGCCUCAAAGAGCACAAAUUUAUGUGUACUGGACCCCGUGAAGAAGCCCACAUUAAAUGUAGCCUGUCUGGCCUCACAGGUCGUCUUUACCUGCAGUCAUGAUCCGCAACCUGAUGGUACAAAACAAUAUGACGCCAUACAUUACAAAUGGCUCCAGGAUGGCAAAAUGAUCAGCAAUGCAACAGAAAUCUCUAUGACAAGAAAAGUUGCAGAAACUAAAAACCUGCUCAUUUCCUGUGAAGUUGGCAACAAAGUCAGUUCUGAAACAAGUGACUCUUUGACUCACACCUGCAUUGAACCUGUGAAAAAGCCUGAAAUAAAUGCAUCAUGUAAAGAUUCAGAGGUCGUCUUUACCUGCCUUGCAGCUCAGCAGCCCGACGACGCGCAGUACAAGUGGCUCCAGGACGGCGACGUCGUCGUCAACGAAACAAAAAUGUCUCUGACCAUAAACUCUGCGGAAAGCAAAAACAUGAAUUUCUCCUGCCAAGUUUACAACCAGGCCAGUUCUGAAAAAAGUGUCUCUUUCAGUCAUCGCUGUGUUGUCUCUACUUUCCUGGGCCUCCCAGAGGAGAUCUUUGGAGUUAGCAUCUGGAUCGUUAUUGCUGGUGGAGCAGGUCUUUUAAUUCUGAUCAUCAUCAUCAUCAUUUUGUGUUGUGUUCAGUGUAAGAAGAAAAGAGGGAAGAACGAUGAGGCGGAGCUUGAGUACCGAGCAGGACAGUCUUCAUCGCCAGCCUAUUGCACUCAUUGAUCACCCUCCUCUUCAUCACCAUCAUCACCUGCAGCAGCUGGGCGGAGCCUCUGCUGAAGCUGCAGCUCUUUACAAACAUUUCCCUAAUAUUUUAUGGAGUUGCUUUUUAUUUUGUAUGACUUGAGUCGAACACUUCCUGUAGUUUGCUGAACGUUUGACCCAUUUCUCCUGACAGAGCUGGUGAAACACUCACUAAUUCAAAGAUAACUUUUCUUAUUUUUCUGGCAUUUAGCGAAGUGGAAAGUUUUUUUUUUUACGACAUAUAUGUUAAUAUCUGGGUUCAAACUAUGCAUAUGUUUAUAUAUACUGUAUAUUCUGUGAGGACCCCAGCUUCUUUAGCAGACAGAGUCCUAACAUUUUUGUGUUAUGAAUAUUUUUAAUUCAUUGAAGGCUGUGUUAUAAGAUUCUGUGGAUUCUCUUUUACCAUUUUUAGCUGCAAGCUUUGAUCAUCAAACUUAAUGUGAAUAAUCACGUUGUGUGUAUGUCCCUCCAUGUAAAAUACUCCGUUUUUAUUCUUAAUUAUUCAAACUAGUUUCACAACGAUGACGAAUUGAGGUCUCUGUGUUGUUGUCUUGUGUCGCAAUAAAUAAAACCAAAAGUAAACUUGCAAUUCCUUUAAAUGUUGUUGAAAAUCCUACAACUGAUUGCAUUUAAUAAACAUAUGACAGUGCUGCCAUUUUGAUAGGAGCAGCUAGAGAGCAGCAACGUCUGCCUCAGUUAAGAAAAUGUUUUGAAAGUUCAGAAAUAUUGAGAAACAGAGAGCCAGUGCUGACUAGGAGGUUUAGGUUCUGGAUAAAUAACAUGAUUUUCCAUGAAAAGCAGAAGCAGAACUCUGGAGAGUUGCUACUGAAAUGGAGAAAAAAAAUGUUGUUUGCAGUGUUUUUUCUGACCAAUCUGAUAUUUUACAUAACAGGAUUAUCAGAGAUCCUUCCUCCCUGCAGCUGACGAUACUGUAACCAUCACCACUCCUGUAAAACUCUUGAGGAAGAUGGCAUCGGACUCUGUGCUGUGUGUGUUUCUGCUCUGCUGCUCCGCCGUCGCCUCCCAAGGUUGUGACUUGUACGCUGCAACGGGUCGAAGCAUCAAUGUUCGUCUGGGAUACAAACUGAAAUCUGACGAUUCUCUGAAGUGGAAGUUUAAAGACCAAACAAUAUUUCAUAAAAAAUCGUCAUAUAUAAUUGCCGGUAAACCUUCUGACAUUGAUGAAGAGGGAUCCCUCAAACUGACUAAUCUGAAGAAGGACCAAGAAGGAGUUUACGCCCCUGAGGUUUCGAAUAGCAAUGGAAAAGCACAGAAAACGAUGACAACACACUUAUGUAUACGAGAUCCUGUGAAGAAGCCUAAAGUAAAUGCAACCUGUCAGGAUGGAAACGUGAGGUUUCACUGCUUUCUUGGUCAACAACCUACGGACGCAAAGUAUGAAUGGCUUCUGAACGGAACCAAGAUGGAGGAAAGUAAUUUGAGUUUUGAGAUAAAAGCGGCAGAAAAUGAAGCUCACCAGUUUGUUUGUAAAGUCUUCAACGAAGCCAGUUCUGAAACCAGUGAGCCUGUUGCUAAUAAUUGCGCUAAAAUAGGUUUCCCAGAUGAACAGUGUGGAAAAUUUUUCUGGGUUUUUAAUGGAUAUAGAGUUGUUUUUGUUCUUCUGCUGACCAUCACCGCUACUGUUUGCUGUGUCUGGGCUAAAAGGAAAAGGAAGACGCGACUGAAGGACGAUGUUGAGCUCCCUUUGCAGCGGACCGAUCCCGAGCAGCCAUUAUCAUCGCCAUCUUCCUCCUCUUCCUAACCAUCCUCCUCCUCAUCACCACCAGCCAUGAGCCAAACAAUAUUUCUGUACGCUCAGCCGGUGCUGGACAAAGAUCUGUACAUUAGUGAAAGCCUUUCUCCUUUUCGUAGAGGCAAGUUAAGACUCUCAGACAAAUAAUUUUGUCCUUGUGGGAUUGAAACGAGCAAUGAAAUGUAAUGAAUGAUAAUAAAAGUAAAUAAAAAUACUUGGUGUCACAUAAAUGUAGACCUGGGGGCCUUUUGUGUCACUUCCUUUCAAAACUAGCAAUUUCACUGACAAUAGAGAUGUGAGCUGUUGCAGGAAAUGAGCUCAACGAGGGAAAGUUCUUCUUUUUGGUCAAAUGUGACGGUGAAGACCAAGACAAUGGCGUCGCUCUCUGUCGUCGCUGUGUGUUUGCUCUGCUGCGCCGCUGUCGCCUCGCAAGGUUGUGACCAGUUUGCUGCAGUGGGUGGAAACUUCAAUGUUCCUCUAGGAUACCAACUAAAACCUACCGAUACUCUGAAGUGGAAGCUAAAUGGCAACAUAAUAUUUUAUAAAAGAUCAGUAAGGCUAGUUGUUGGGAAAAAUGCUGAUAUUAAUGAUGAUGGAUCCCUCAAACUGACAAAUCUGAAGCUGGACCAAGCAGGACUUUACACCUUUGAGGUUUUUGAUCAAAAUGGAAGACCUCAGACCACAAGGAACACAAAUUUAUGUGUGCUGGAUCCUGUGAAGAAACCUGAAGUCAAAGCAACAUGUCAGGAUGAAAAUGUGAUCUUUCAUUGUGUUUCCGGGGCGCAGCCUGCUGAUGCCGAGCUCGAGUGGCUUCAGGACGGUGAGGAGGCGAAGGGAAACAGACGGUCGUUUGAAACGAGAGCAGAGGAAACCAAAGGAGCCCAAUUUGUUUGCAAAGUGUCCAACAAAGUCAGUUCUGAAAGCAGUGAGCCUGUCGUUCAUAUCUGUGCAAAGACGGGUAGGUUUGUCGUUUUCACCAUGGCUAAUAGCUGCUGUUUGACAAUGUGUAGCUAAUAAUACCUAAAAUAAGAUGGAAUAAGCAUAAGUUCCCCUCAAAUUGUGUGGCUCGAGGUAAAAAUUGAAAAGUUUUUCACAUGUAUUGUUUUUAAAGGAUAUCCAGAUGGAAUAAAUAUCUGGAUUUUAACUGGUGCCAGAGUGGGUAUGUUUGUAGAUUUCUAUUAAGUUUUAGUUUAUUCUGAUAUGUUUCAGAAUAAACUAUACUGUAUAUAUAUAUACAUACGUCAUAUAUAUUUUUGGUAGUACAAUCUCUUAGUGUUUUUUUCCCCGUCAUUUUUCCAGGUUUCAUUGUUGUGCUGACCGUCCUUGUCUCCGUUUGUUUUGUCCGAGUUGAAAAGAAGAUGACGAUGGGACUGAAGGCUGAUGGGGAGGAGCUUCCUAUGCAGCGGAUCGAUACAGAGCAACACAGUCAUCAUCCUAAUUUUUCUUCUCUUCAACCUCACCACCUCCAGUCAUGAGCCAAUUUUUGUAUUUCUUUUUACAUACAUAUUUUUUUCCUGUCUUUGAUUUGACGAAUAAAAUUUCUGCAAAACUCAAAACAGA